AUGGCAACAACAACUUCUUUUCUUUCAUCUUCUCCAUUUUCAUCAAGACGAAAAUCAUCAUCAUCAUCAUCACGAAAUUCGAGGACAACGACGUUGGCAAUGGGGAGAGAAGCUCAAGAUCGAAACUAUUACAAUGGUCGUAAUGUAGAUGAAAACUUAAUUAUUUUACGUAAGAGAAUUCAUGAGAUGAAAAUGAUCGAAAGAAAUUACGAGCCUCCAUCUAAUUGGAUGGAUUGGGAAAAGAGUAUAUACGCUAAUUACGAUGCAAAUAUUUGUCAAGCAUUGGGAUUGUUGCAAUCUAUAUUAAUGGAUACAAGACCUAGUUUGGUUUUGGGCAUGGCUGCACUUAUUGGAUUAAGUGUACCCAUUUCAACUAUUGUGAUCUUGUUUCAUUUGAUUGAGUUAACCAAGGGAAUUUUAGCUUGAUAAUAUAUUUUUU